UCAAGUUGUGUUAGAACAGAGUGCAUUUCUUAUCGCGUCCAUGGUAACGAGCUUAUUUUUGACCACUGGAUCUAGACAAAUGAUUUUGGAAAAAAUUCAACAAUCUUGGAUCCACCGCUACACCUAGAGAAUUUUGAUGUACUUUAAAGCAACAAAAUUGGUGAAGUAGAAGCCGAGAUCCUUUGCCUCAAAGGACAGGGGCCGAAGUCCUGGCACAGAUAAUCAGUAUUCAUAUAACUAGUACGUCUUUAUAAAUCAGUGCAGGCGCAGGUGCAGGAAAACGUUUAAUACUGUAAUGUAAUCACAAUGUGUGGCUGAUUUUCUACCUGAUCGCUUGAACUGCAUAACAUUGAUUCCCAUGCGGAAAUCUCUUCUUUAAAACACUACUGCGUGUGACUUGCUGUGAACUAACAUCAUUUGAAAUUAUAGCUGUAAUUAGAAACAGACUUCUGCGCUAUGCUGCUGACUAGUUUAUGCUUGCUUUGAGAUGUCACAAUCUGACAAAGAAUUGCUGACUGUUCCUACAGCCAUGUCAGGCUGCUCCAAAAGAGGAUUAUUAAUCUGGACCUGCAGACCCGUCACAUGCAGUCUCCGCACUUUGCUGCGAAACCUUUUAUUUCGAUUAAGUGCUGUUGUAACUAUUACCUACGAUAUCGCGCCCUUGUCGGGAUGUCUCAGCGAACCAGUGAUACAUCUAAUAUAUACCGAACGCGCAAGAGUGUGGGGCGUGCCAGCAUGCAAAAUAUAGAGUCCGUUCUAUUUGACUCACAACCCAAGGCUGACGAUCGGAAAACGGUUCGUUCUGAUGCGGAUGGAUAUACAGCACCACUCGCUCAAGUUCCUUUCGAUACAGUGGCGCCAAAGGCCGUUUAUGAACGAGAAAGCGAUAAAAGUGGUCAUGGACGGGCGAGUUUACUUAACGAACCCGAACUCCAGAAAUAUUAUGUGAAAGAUCCUGAACCUAUUUGCCAGUGCGGUGCUGGACCAGAGGAUGUGUCUUACCGUCACGAUGCUUGUUCAAAUGUCGCACGUUAUCAGUCUGCCAAGGAGAAGCGCACCAAUCGGUUAUCCAGUGUCAUAACCGCUGAUCAUGCCAAAAACGCAGAUUUACCUGACUUGUUUGUUCCUGGAGAUGCCAGUUCCCAGCUUCCGUUUAAUUCGCGCAGUCAUCUGGAGAAUCUGCGGAAAGAUCUGCGACGUAUCCAAAACCAAUGGGUAUUCGAGCAACGUGUUGGGAAGGUUGCUGAUCCCGAGGAUGUGGAACGUUUGAUCCACGAAGUGCAGAACGAAAACAUCAUAUCGAAUGCGGUGUUUUACGAUGUGGCUCGGCAAGCAGCUAGCGAGUGUGAAGCUCGCGGUGACCUUUUGGACUCUAUUCGGAAAAAAUACAACUCACUGGUCGGCCAAGUUUCUCCACCGCUGGAACGCAUUGCAAAUGAGCUGGAAGCACAAAGAAAUCUGGAUAAAGAAGUGGCAACGGUGUUAUUAGACUAUCAGAUGUGGUGGCGACAAAGGUUGCCACCAUUGGAAGAGAGCCACCAGCAGAGCGAGAGUAUGCAUCUCAAUGUGGAAAAGGAUAUCAAAGGGCUCAACACCACUUUAACUGCUUUGCACAGCGAAAGCUAUCAGCUGAAAAGCCUGAUCACACUCCAUGCUGCUUACCGCGCCCGAUCUGAGCAGAACAUGCAGGAACUGGUGCUGGCUCGGGAAGAAUUCUUCCCGAGCCAGCACCAGUACCAUGUGAUGAUGAUGUACCAUGUGAUGAUUUAGCAUAUAAUGUUUGUGGCAAAGGUAUCAAAGACCAGUGCCUGGUCAAGCUAACGGAAAUGCAUGUCCUGCAGCAAAUGUGGUACAUCGCAGCAAAGCGGCGAUAUAAGGACUUACAAGUCCUGGAUGACAACGAACUGGCCCAGAUCCAAACAGUAGAGAAAGAAUUUCUCGGAACACUGAAAGCUCUUGAAGCCAGUAUCGAGAAGACCCAGAACUUGCUUUAUCGGACCUCGACGCGCGCCAAUCAGAGGAGCGAACCUUCUAUUUUUUCUGAACACACAACAUUUAUUACAGACAUGAAGCAUCGUCGAAAUAAUAACAUCAAAUUUUGUUAAAGGGCAGUCAAGAGCGCCAAAUUAAAGUGCAAAAAAUGGUUUUAUUACCUGCUGGAAGUGACAUCAAUCAAAAAUUUUCGCGCGCUUCGUACAAAAGAUUUAACCAGGAUAGACAAUGGUUAAUAUUGCAGCAUCUACACAGUACACAUGAUGUACCAUCGCCUUCGGAUGCCGCCACCAUAAUUCACGACUGAUCACGCUUGAUCGAUUGCAAACAGUCACCAUAAACAGCGCAUUAAAACCCGUACACUAGCGGCAAUUAUACGCAUGUACCGUUAUAACUUACCGUUCCUCGUCACGGUCA